AUGGGACAAGGACCUUCAGGGAUGCCAGGGGGCAACAACCUCAACAAAAAGAAAGACGACAAGAAAAAAGAAAAGCCAAAGUAUGAGCCUCCCGUGGAGUCCAAGUUUGGCAAAAAGAGAAGAAAAGGCCCCGACACAGCCGUUAAGUUGCCCAGCGUGUAUCCAAACACUAGGUGCAAGUUGAAGUUGCUAAAGUUGGAAAGAAUCAAGGACCAUCUCUUGCUAGAAGAAGAGUUGGUUUUCAACCAAGAGGCGUUCCAACCCACGGAAGCAAGGCAGGCAGAGGAGAGAGAAAAGAUUGACGAGUUGCGAGGCUACCCCAUGGCAAUUGGGACUUUGGAAGAGAUUAUUGACGAUGACCAUGCGAUAGUCUCGAGCACUGCAAGCUCGGAGUACUACGUUCCCAUCAUGUCAUUUGUUGACAAGGGUUUAUUGGAGCCCGGCUGCUCGGUGUUGCUACAUCACAAAACGGUUGCAGUUGUUGGUGUUCUCCAGGACGAUGCCGACCCAAUGGUUUCGGUGAUGAAAUUGGACAAGUCUCCCACAGAGUCCUAUGCCGAUAUCGGAGGGUUGGAGUCGCAAAUCCAGGAGAUCAAGGAAUCGGUAGAGUUGCCCUUGACGCAUCCAGAAUUGUAUGAAGAAAUGGGCAUCAAGCCACCAAAAGGUGUGAUAUUAUACGGUGCUCCAGGAACAGGCAAGACGCUACUUGCCAAGGCGGUGGCGAACCUGACGUCGGCCACGUUUUUGAGAAUCGUGGGGUCGGAGUUGAUCCAGAAAUACCUCGGGGAUGGGCCCCGGUUGUGUCGUCAGAUUUUCCAGAUUGCAGCCGAGCACGCGCCCUCCAUUGUGUUUAUAGAUGAAAUCGAUGCCAUUGGUACGAAAAGAUACGAGUCCACCUCCGGAGGCGAAAGGGAGAUCCAAAGAACCAUGUUGGAGUUGUUGAACCAGCUAGAUGGGUUCGAUGACAGGGGCGACAUCAAGGUCAUUAUGGCCACCAACAAGAUUGAGAGUCUUGACCCCGCCUUGAUCAGACCUGGAAGAAUCGACAGGAAGAUUUUGUUUGAAAAUCCGGACGCAAACACGAAAAAAAAGAUUUUAUCUAUCCACACAUCCAAAAUGAGUUUGGCAGGCGAUGUCAACUUGGAUGAGAUUGUCACUGGUAAAGACGACUUGUCAGGUGCCGAUAUCAAAGCCAUCUGUACCGAAGCUGGCUUGUUGGCGUUGCGUGAAAGACGUAUGCAGGUCAAAGCUGAUGAUUUCAAGUCGGCUAAAGAACGAGUCUUGAAAAACAAGGUUGAGGAGAACUUGGAGGGCUUGUAUUUGUAA